AAAUAAUAUAGGGCUAAAGGAUCUCAUCAUAUGUAAAGAUAAUUUUAUUACGGUUACCAUACACCGUGCGACAUAUUUCAGGUAAAAUAAAUAUACGUAAAAGAUAUUUAGUUAACACGAACCUUUUUAAAUUCCUCUUUUUAUUGUUUGGUGUGCAUUUUUCAUAUUAACUUUUACAUAAUUCAGUGGCAAGAGACGGCUGCAUGGAAAUCGAAAGUACUCACCCGGCGGGGCGAAGCGGCAUGCUAUUGGUUUGUUUAAUCGCUCGCGGUUGCGCUCCUCUUGGCCAAUCUUGGCGCUAUGCUUUCUUUCGUGCGCGUGUGACAAAUGACGUUGGGUUGUUCAUUUGCCUUUCCGCUUUCAGUGCUACUUUUUAUUUUGAAAUACAUAUGUUUAUAUUAAUUCUAAAAGUGUACACCAUCAUCCUACGUGAAGAACUGUUCGCGAACAUGGUUAACAUAUAAUGUGCAGUGUAAUAUUUAUGUGAAGUGAUAGUGCAAUUUUGGAGGUAAAAUGCCCGCUUCCAUUUGCGACCCUGUAUCAAGCGCAUUGCGUUUGUCUCUCGCCGCAGAUGAAUCCCAAGGUUCGUCUUUGCUGGACAGUAGACUGUAUUCUUCUGCAAAAAGUGUGCUCCUCUCAAAGAUAGAAUUCGAAGAAUCAGGCGAUUAUCAAAGCAACGUUCUCGAUGGACUGAAAUCUAAAUACGUGGUCAUACGACCUAAAAAACCAGUGUUGGACAGUAAACUACUUAAAAAAGACGGAAAUUCAGUGAACCAGGCAUCAGAAGGAAACAAAAGUGAAGAUGGCUUACCAAAGCCAAAACGUGUAUUGUUCCCUGUUGAGAAGCUCCAAUUGGGGUGGCAAGGGUCCUGGUCAGCAGGUGCUGGCAUGCAAAAUGUUGGGAACACCUGCUACCUGAACUCAACCCUGCAAGCACUCUUUCAUGUUCCAGCAUUUGCCAACUGGCUUAUUUCUGAAGGAGCACAUGCAGAAAAAUGUAAUCAACAAGAAGCUUGUGUCAUUUGUGGCAUGCGCGCUACACUAAUUGCCACACAGAAGAGUGGCGGAGCCCCCAUCAAGCCGUGGCAGGUUUAUUCCAAACUGAGAAUAAUUUGUCGGCACUUGACACCUGGCAGACAGGAAGAUGCUCAUGAGUUCCUGAGGUAUCUUGUGGAAGCCAUGGAGAAAUGUUACCUGUCAAGGUUUAUCAACUCUGACAAAUUUGACCAGUACAGUAAGGAGACAACUCCCUUAAAUCAAAUCCUUGGUGGAUACCUGCGCUCCACAGUGCGGUGUCUUGCGUGCCAUCACCUCUCAACAACUUAUCAGCAUUUUCAGGACCUGUUAUUAGAUAUUAGGAAGCAUUCUACAUUAGAUGAGGCAUUAGAUUCAUUUUUCUCAAGAGAAAGACUAGAAGAUUUAGGAUAUAAAUGUGAAGCAUGUAAUAAAAAGGUAUCUGCAACAAAACAAUUUUUCGUUGAGCGCGCACCAAUGGUGCUUUGCAUUGCAUUGAAGAGAUUCUCCUUAGUAGGGGGGAAAUUAUCUAAACAUGUGCAAUUUCGUAAGAAGAUAUCCCUCAGCAAAUACAUGUUCAAUAAGAAUAACCAUCAGCAAUUGUCAUACAAGCUGGUAAGCCUAGUGACGCACCUGGGCCCCGGGCAGAACUGCGGGCACUACACGGCGCUGGGGCAGGCGCCGGGCGGCCAGUACUGGCAGUUCGACGACAGCGCCGUGCGCGCGCUGCCGCUGUCCGCCGUGCUCGCCACCAACGCCUACAUCAUGUUCUUCGAGAAGGACGACGACGCGCCCGCCUGCGGGCCCCCGCCCUGUGCGGAGCGCCAGCGCGACAAGAGCCCCCUCAAGCUCACCUUCUACCGCGACAACAAACCCAACAGCACCUCCACCGACGCCAAGCUCGACCGACCUGUCAUCCUAAACAGCACCCUGAGCAAAGCCGAAACCUCGGACUCUAAUACCGAGCCUUGGGUGCUCAAGCAGAAUGGGGAGGUGGAAAAAGUCGCGCAACCUCCCAAAAUCACGAUAGACAAGACGGGCACCAACAGAAUAAACUUCGUCGUGAAGAGUCAAAACGGCGAUGACGACUCGGCGACGCGGCGGCACAAACUGCCGAAGAGUGACGACCUCAGAUCCGGUCCUUGUAUUAGAACUACCCCCGAUAAGUCCCCCGCGUCCACGAGUAAACUAGUUAGGCCGUCGAAAUCGCCCCUAGAGAAACUAGAGGAGCAGAUGAAUAAGAACGACUUCUCCAAUCAGAUUCCGAGAAACGGAAACGGAAAUUCGAAACUGGUUCCUUACGAUUCGGAGUCGAGUGGCGACGAGCGGGGUUCGGACAAGGAGGCCCCGGGCCGGAAGGGCGUGCUGGGCACCAAGGGCGUGUGGACCGUCUCCAGCGAGGCGGGCGGCCCGCUCCUCAGUCCCAGUUUGAACGGGGACACCAUUAAAAAGGCAAAAGAGGCGGAGGAGAGGCGGACGGAGAACGAGCCGAGCCCUCACACCAGCGUGAGCAGCAUGUCGCCGCUGUCGGACCGCAGCUCGCCCGCCGCCGCCGCCGCCCCCGCCCCCCUAGCCCCUCUAGCCCCCCAGGCCCCCCUGGCCCCCCUCGCCCCGCUCGCCGCCGCCGAGCCCGCGCGCCACCUCGGCACGCUGUCGCACCGCGGGUACGGCGCGCCCGUCAACACGUGGAGCGGGACCCACAGUGCUAUGUCGCGGCAGGUGUUCGAGGAACGGCGCGAGGAACGCAAGCGCGCGCUCGAGGGCGCGGACGACAUGGACCGCGGCCGCACCAAGAAGAUCAAGACCUUCCAACACUACAACCGGUUCAACAACCGCAACUCCUACAACCCCUUCCAGGAGAAGCAGAACAAGCCGCACUGGGGCGGCGGCUUCAAGUACCGCGCCGACCGCCGCCCGCACCACUUCAACAAGCACCACAACAACAAGUACAAGCGAUUCAAUAGGUACAACGGGCACCACUACCCGCGGCACCAUUGACCCCGGCCCGUCAGCUGGUGCUUCACCAUGUAUAUAUAGCGUAAAUAUAAUUUCUAGUUUAACUUAUUCUAAGUCCCCACUUUACCGUGUUUCUAUAGGUGUCUCAACUAAGUGUAAACAAACCUUAGAUAGAUAUAAAACACCUUGUUCAGUUUAUUUACAUUUAGUAAUCUAAUAACCUAUAUAAAUACACUAGUUUAUAGUGUAAAACUACACUUGAACAUAAAAUUGUUGCGCUGCCACUAGAGUCCAGAAACUAUUGUAGAAUGCAAACAUUUUAUCUAUCGAAAGCAAUUCUUAACUGCCAGAGUCGGCCUUAUAAGAAAACUAUCAAAAAAUCUUCUGUGUAUCCAAUGACAUACCUAUUAUAGUUGUAGUCUUUACAUUAUUUGUGAUAUAUUCAUUAAAAUAAUGAUUUUGCUUCGUCAGCGAUUACUAAUCGAAUAGACAUACUAUUUUUAUCAGUAUAUACGAUGCAAUAAUUAAUUGUUAAAUCCUUAAGCUAAUUGUUACCUUUUGGAAUAAAUAGUGCAGUUUUUUGAGACAAAAACGUCUUGAGAUUCCUUUAAACGAGACGCGUCGUCUGAAACUCAACCGAACCUAAGAGUAUUUUUAUUAUAUAAAAAACGGCCAGCGUAUGGUUAAAUAUUAAGCAUAAUUAUUAUUUACGAGGUGUUGUCGUAAUAUAAUUUAAUAAAGAAUAAUUAUGUAAUUUACCGACUUCAUUUUAAUAGAAGGAGGACGUUCUGUAUUCGGUUGUGGCUAUUUUUUUAGCAUGUGUACCAACGCCAGUAGCCACCCUGUAAUUUGAACAUUUUGUACUGUAGAAAUGUGCGCUUGUUUUGAUCGAGAUUGUCGGAAUUAAGUGACGUCACGAUGCUUAUGCGUGAGGACUCUUAAUGUAUCUGCUUAUUCUGUACAUACAUUUGUUUUUCUUUCGUAUAUUCGAACUUGUUUAUUGUAUUCAGACCAUAUUCGAAGAAGUCUGUACGAAUUGAUGUUGAAGUUCUUGUGGUAAGCAAAAGCUUGUUAGACAAAUUCAGAGGCAGCCUUACAAGUCGCCUUAAAGGUUGUCGAUCUUUGUAAAUAGUGAAGAACUGAGCUUUUUCGGAGUUAGCGUGAAUGGUGAUUUGAUGAAUGUUAAUUUAAAACGUGGCAAUAGUAACAUUUUAUAUAACAGCCAAAUGCGUCGUCCCUCCAGUACCUUAUAAGAAAACGUAGGUUUGCAUUUAUAUAAUCAAUGCAUAACACACUGUAGUAACAACAACAUAAAAGUAAGGACGCUAAGCACGAAGAAUUUCGUACAUUGACCCGCCUGUUCCUAUCUCUAUCGCACACGAAUAAUGAAAUUGCUGUCCCGCUCGUAGUGUUAUUGACCGCUGGCGUAAUUACGUGCGUGCGAGAAAUGUAAAUGUAAUUAUUCGUGCUUACUUUAUAAACCGUUGGUAGACCUCAUUUCGGUGUAAUUAGCCUUAUUAUUGUAGUACAGUGUGGUAUGCUCGUUUUUAUUCCCUUAAAUAUGUAUUUAUUUUCAGUCUCAAGUAGAGAUGGUUCCUUUGUGCGUAUUUUUAUUCAGAGCUUUAGGAAUGUUUUUGACAUAUUUGGAAUAUUUGACGUAGCCCUAGUGUGAAAAAUAAAAGUAUACACGCGGAGAUUGCACGGCGUGUCAAAAUAAACUAAUUAAAUGCAACAACA